AUGAAUGAACAUAGUAGAAGUAGUAAUAGUAGUAAUAAUAGUAAUAUUGUAGAGGAAGAAGAUAGUCAUAGUCGAGGAAUGUAUCAAAGUAAUAAACAAAAGUUUAGGUUUAACCUCAUUCUCAUGGAUGAGGGUGAAUAUUACUUUGAUGAUUAUAGUGCAUCAUACUAUCCACAAGCAGAUACUGAAGAUGAAUCUUGGGCAAAGAGAACAAAAGGUAGAAUAUUAGUAUGUUCAAGUUCAAUAUUCUUUGAACCCGAUGAUAUUGGAUUACCUAUAAUGAGAUUUCCAUUUAAAGAGAUGUUGGCCAUUGGAGAAUUAUCAGAACUACAAGUACAACCACAACAAUCAUCACAUCCAUUUGCAAGAAGAGUCGUUUCAAAUACUUCACAAUCAUCGUCAUUAUUGGCAUCAAAAGCAGAAAUAUUCUACAUUCAAACAAAUCAAGUCGUUGAAAUGAAAGAUAAUGAUGUUAAUUCUCCUUAUUCUUUUAAAAAGUUAAAUAAGUCAAUGUUUAAAUUUUCAUUAAAUUAUGUUAGUUUACCAUUAAUACUUGGUAAUAUGAAAGUAUUCUUUUUAUAUUCGAAAAAGGAUCGUAUGGAACAUGACAUGUUGAUCAAAAGUUUAAUUGAAGAUCGAGAGAAUAGAUUACAAUUUGAUCUAAGUCUGCUGGUUGAUAUCAAUGAGAGAAAUAGGAUUGAAAUCAAAUGUUGCAAGAUUACUCCACUCGUAGAGAAUCCAGGCAGACUAUUCAUCACCAAUGUCAGACUUUAUUUCCAACCAAUGAACAAUAUCGAAGCACAAAGAAUCAAUCAUUUUAAUUUGGAUUCAAUUACAAAAGUACUAAAGCGUCGUCAUGGUCUAAGAGAAAUUGGUUUGGAAUUAUUCUUUAAUGAUGAAUCUAGUAGUUUAUUUUUUACUUUUAAAAAUUUAAAUAAUAGAGAUGAAGUUUAUAGAUUAUUAACAAUGGAAUUAUGUAAAAAUGUUUUAAAUGUAAAUUUGGAACAAAAAAAUUAUUUGUUGAAAUGGCAAAAUGGGAUUAUAUCCAAUUAUGAAUAUUUAAUCUAUUUGAAUAGUGCAGCAGGUAGAACCUAUAGCGAUCUAACACAAUACCCAGUGUUUCCAUGGGUUUUGUCAGAUUAUACAAGUCAGACAAUCGAUCUAGGCAAUCCGGCAGUCUAUCGUGACUUGUCUAGGCCGAUUGGAGCACUCAACCCAACUCGUCUAGCAACACUACAAGAACGUUAUGCUCAAAUGCCAACCGAUGAACCACGAUUCCUCUAUGGCACACAUUACUCUACACCAGCCUAUGUAUUGUACUAUCUUGUUCGUCAAGUACCCGAAUUUAUGCUUCGUCUUCAAAAUGGUCGUUUUGAUGCACCCUCUCGUAUGUUUCAUUCGAUUCAAGAGACUUGGCACAGUGUAACAAACUCUUCAUCCGAUGUAAAAGAGUUGAUUCCAGAGUUUUAUGAACCAGACAAUCAAGGUGGCUUUUUGGCAAAUGAUCAACGUUUGGAUUUGGGUAUAAGACAAGAUGGAAAACGUUUGGGAGAUGUCAUACUCCCACCAUGGGCAAAAACAUCGUCAGAGUUUGUUUCAACACUUCGUAAUGCUUUGGAAAGUGAAUAUGUCUCUCAAAAUCUUCAUCAUUGGAUUGACCUCAUUUUCGGUUACAAACAACAAGGUGAAGAAGCAGUUCAAGCCAACAAUCUCUUUUAUCAUCUAACCUAUGAAGGAAGUGUCAACAUUGAUGCCAUCACUAAUCCAUUUGAACGUCAAAGUCUUGAAGCUCAAAUCAAUGAAUUUGGUCAAACUCCUCGUCAAUUAUUUAAAACUCCUCAUCCUCAAAGAUUACCUCUUGUUCAAAGAAAUUAUAAUUUAAUCAUUGAUAAUAAUAAUAAUAAUAGUAUAGAAAAUGAUUUUGAUAAUUUAAAUAUUAAAGAAAAUAAUAAUAAUAAUAAUAGUACUAAUAACUCUAAUAAUAAUAAUAAUAAUAACAACACUACUAAUAAUAAUAAUAACCAAGAAGAUUCAAAUAAUAGUUGGGGAUCAAUUGCAAAUUUACAGUUAAAGAAUUCUUUUAAAAAUCACAGAGAUAAAGUAUCAUCAUUAUAUUUAUCAAAUAAUAGUGAUAUUAUUUAUUCAGUUUCACAAGAUGCAUCAUUAAAGAUUUAUUCAUUAAAGGAUAAAAAACAAUUAAGAUCACUCAAUGUUUGUGAAUUGGCAUUAUCAAGUUGUCAACUUUCAAAUGAUGAAAAACAUAUUGUUAUUGGUUCUUGGGAUAAUAAUAUAUAUAUUUAUACAGUUGAUAAUGGUAGUAUAUCAGAUACAUUGAUAGCACAUGAUGAUGCAAUUUCAUGUUUAAAAUUACAUGAUAAUAUAUUGGUAUCUGGUAGUUGGGAUAGUACAAUCAAAGUAUGGAGAUGUAAUCGAUUUGGAGGUAUUGGUGGAGGAUUUGGUAUUGAAAGUGUACCUAUUGCCGAUUUUAUAGAUAGUGAAUCAGAGAUUCGAUCGAUUGAUAUUUCACCAAAUGGAUCGAUUUGUGUUGCUGGAUCAGAAGAUGGUCACUUAUUUUUCUAUGACCUAGGUCAACUUUCAUUGUUGCGCAGUAUGCGCAUCUAUCACGACCCAAUCACUUGUGUACGUUUUACACCAGAUGGAAAGAGAAUUGUCAUUUCUUGUAUCGAUGGUUCCAUUAAAUUGAUCGGUAUUGAAGGUUCGGAAAUCUUUUCUGGCACUGUCAAUGAUCAAAUCAAUUGUUUUGAAACCGAUGGUACUAGUAUGGUUUUUGGUUGUGAACGUGGUAUUAGAAUUUGGUCUCUGGCAACUGGUACUGAAUUGAGAGAUUUAUCAUCAGUCUCUGAUGAAUCUGUCAUUUCAAUCAACGUAUCUAUUAAUCGUGAAACCUCUAAAACUAAUAUCCUAACUGGUUCUCAUAAUGGUAAUAUUAAUCUUUGGGAAAUCUAA